GCCUAAACCCACAAACGGAUCUCAGACAGCUACUUGCUAAUGCUAAAAGAAAAUCGAUAAACCAAAACGAAACCAAUUCGUUUCAGCAAAGUAAAGCGAGGCCGUUAAUCUGCUGCAGGAGCCAACAGAUUUUCCUGCAAUCCUUCAUGAAUCUGAUUGAUCCCGACAAGUCCACCGACAGCAUGUCGGCUCCUAACCCAGCACCUGCUGCACCCCCUACUGCACCCCCUGAUCCUGGCCCAGUCUCCUUUCCUGCUCUCGGCUCCAGCCCAGCCCAAGAUCAGGUUCCCAUGCGAGAGCCAGUACCUCAAACAACCAGUGACCCAGUGACCUCAGAUCAAGAUACUGCUCCAGUUCUGCCUGUAGACCAGGAUGGGGCUUUAAAACCUGUUCCAGGUUUUGAGCCACCUAUAAAUCCACAAGUAGGACCAGUUCCACCACCGUUGCCACCAGCUGCUGCCAAGAACCCCAGCUGCAAGAUCAUGACUUUCAGGCCUACUAUGGAGGAGUUUAAAGACUUUGCCCAAUACAUUGUCUACAUGGAGAGUCAAGGGGCUCAUCGUGCAGGCCUGGCAAAGGUGAUUCCUCCAGAGGGCUGGAAACCUCGAAAGUCCUACGAUGCCAUUGAAGACAUGGUGAUUCCAGCACCUAUAAUGCAGGUGGUAACUGGCCAGUCUGGACUGUUUACCCAGUACAACAUUCAGAAGAAAUCUAUGACUGUUGGCGAAUAUCGCAAACUAGCCAACAGCAAGAAAUACUGCACACCACGCCACAAAGACUUCGAUGACCUGGAGAGGAAGUACUGGAAGAACCUGACUUUUGUUUCACCCAUUUAUGGAGCUGAUGUCAGCGGCUCAAUCUAUGAUGAGGACAUCCAAGAGUGGAACAUUGGCCACCUUAACACUCUGUUGGACAUGGUGGAGCAGGAGUGCGGUAUCGUCAUCGAAGGAGUCAACACGCCGUACCUGUACUUCGGCAUGUGGAAGACCACCUUCGCUUGGCACACCGAGGACAUGGACCUCUACAGUAUAAACUAUCUGCACUUCGGGCAGCCGAAGUCCUGGUACACUGUUCCUCCUGAGCAUGGCAAGAGACUGGAAAGGCUUGCACAAGGAUUCUUCCCUGGGAGCUCCCAAGGCUGCGAUGCUUUCCUCCGUCACAAGAUGACACUGAUAUCGCCGUCCAUCUUGAAGAAAUACGGCAUUCCCUUUAACAGGAUAACCCAGAAUGAAGGAGAGUUUAUGAUAACAUUUCCGUACGGCUACCAUGCUGGCUUCAACCAUGGCUUCAAUUGUGCAGAAUCUACAAACUUCGCCACUCUGCGUUGGGUGGAUUAUGGGAAGAACGCAACCCUGUGUUCCUGCCGGAAGGACAUGGUAAAGAUCUCGAUGGAUGUGUUUGUACGCUGCCUGCAGCCUGAUCGCUAUGAGCUUUGGAAACAGGGCAAAGACAUCACAAUUUUGGACCACCUGAGGGCUACAGAAUUGACCAGUCCUGAACUGGAGCGCUGGAGGCAGCACAGGAUUACCUACCGACAGAACCUGCUGCAAAGAGCAAUGCACAAGAUGAAGCAGGUUCGUCGUCUAAAGCUUGAGGAGGUAAAGGUGCUGGCGGAAGAGGGAAUUGAGCUGAAUGCUGCCGAGUACCAGCGUCAAGUGGAGGAGCGUGAGGCUCAGCGCAAGCAGGAGAAGGAGGAGCGUUUAGCCAGGGAAGCCAUGUUGACCUUGGAAGCCAUGGAACGUGAGGAACAGGAGGCUGCCGAGGCGGCUGCAAAGGCAGCAGACAGUCCUGUGAAAGCAGAAGAUGAUAAAUCUGAAAUCAAACCCCAAAACUUGAUGGAAGAAAUCGAGAAGAAGAAGCUGAAAAAGCAGAAGAAGAUGUUCAUUAUCGACGGUCCCUUGUCUGGGUUCGAAGAAGCAUUUGAGAAGUUUGCUAAAUCCGAAAAAAAGGACAUUGAUAUGUCAAUCAAAAAGGAAGAAGAAAUGGACAUUGAAAUAAGCCCCACUCAGCAGCUGACCUACUCUAAGAUAAAAAAGCCAACGGAGGUGAAGAAAAGUCGGCGCCAUCCGCUCAGUAAGCCGCCCAUGCGCUCGCCGCUGUCAAUUGUCAAACAAGACCCAACUACUGAGAAAGAGAUGUCUUCUCAAAUGCCAAUGGAUAGCAGCAUGAAGAAACAGGAGCAUUUAUGGCAGAGUCACUCCCCAAACUUUUUGGCUGAGAAGUCGUUCAAUGCCGCUGUUGCUGCACUUGAACCAUACUGUGCUGUCUGUUCUCUGUUCUGCCCCUACUUAAAGUCACACAGAGACGUUAUCGCUCCAACUUUCAUCCCUGACCCCUCCAUACCUGGACAUGGCAGUUCGACUCGACCGCUGGUCCCAGAGAUGUGCUUCAGUGUGGGAGCGGUCAACACAGAACCACCACCUACAAACUACCACAUCGGGGAGGAUGGAACCAGUCUUCUGGCCAGGUGUAAAUGUUGCGCCAUGCAGGUUCAUGCCAGUUGUUACGGUUUGAAGCCGGAGUCUGUCAGGGAUUCCUGGACCUGUUCCAGGUGUACAGCAGGAGCCUGGGUAGUGGAGUGUUGUCUCUGUAACCUGCGUGGAGGAGCAUUGAAAAGGACAACAGAUAACAGGUGGGUCCAUGUUAUCUGUGCCAUCGGCGUGGCAGAAGCUCGCUUCAUCAACGCCAUCGACAGGGAGCCAGUGGAUGUCAGUGCUAUCCCAGAAACCCGAAAGAGUUUGAAAUGUAUUUUCUGUCAUUCAACCAAUUCCAAUCCCAACCGUGGCGCUUGCAUCCAGUGCACGCACGAGCACUGCUCCACUUCCUUUCAUGUCACCUGCGCCCAGAUUGCCGGAGUUGUGAUGAAGCCCGCAGACUGGCCCUACGUGUUGUCGGUCACCUGCCACAAACAUACGAAGGGCUUUCAAAAGCCAAACAAGCCUCGGGCAGCACCUAAACCUGCUCCCCAGGGUCUAGACCUGGGCCUGAAGGUGAUCGGGCGCAACAGCGAUGGAUGGUACUACCACUGCACCAUCAUUGGCAUGGCGACACAGACGUUCUAUGAGGUCAACUUUGAAGAUGGCUCAUACUGUGAUAACGUGUACCCAGAGAAUAUAGUGAGCCACGACUGUCUGCGUACCGGAGCUCCUGAUGUGGGAGAGCUGAUUGUAGUUGCCACACAGGAGGGUACAAACCUCAAUGCUUGCUUUGUCAAAGAGCACAUCCACAAGUUCUACCAGGUGGAGUUUCAGGACCAAAGUCAGCUGAUGCUUAAACAGUCAGAGAUCUUUCAGCUGGAUCAUGAAUUACCUAAAAGAGUUCGUUCUCGACUGGCUCUACCUGCACCACAGGAGGACAGCAUGUCGGCUGAUGAAGCCCAAGCAGCGAAGCGCCGCCGCCUGCCCUCCAGCUCAGCGAAAGCUAAAGCUUCAGUUCAGAUUUCAGCACCAGCACAGCAGAACCCCAGUGUUAGCACCCAACCAAAUGUAGAGCCUCUCUCUGUAACUCCCGUUAGCCAUCAGGAAGCCCCCGCCCCUGUCGGAAGCAUGCAGAAGGAUGAGGAGUCCGCAAUGGACACCGGCAGCAACCCCACUGUCCCUCUCAACGAGCCCCCCCUGGUCUCCAACCCCCCUCUGACUCAGCAGCCCCCAUCUUUUCAGGCCACAUUGAACUCUGACCCCUUCCUCUCUGCCCCGCCACCUCCCCCCCAACACAUGGCCGACAGCUACACGCCGAGCAGCGGCUACGUUUCCUACAUGGAGACGCUCCUCCACUCACAUUUUCCUCAGGAUGAGGGCCCCGGCCCCGUGUAUUAAAAAUCAUCUCCGUCAUGUUAUUAGUCAGCAGACAUUGGCUGAGCCAACAGGAAGUAAGCUAAAGGAGGGGAACUCUUGAGUGCUGUAUGGAUGGACUGACGUUUCCUUGGAGAGAGAAGGAGGAAGAGGAAACAAGGAUUUAAAGCACUCUUUUAAUGCAUGUUACUUUUUUUCUAUUUUUGAUUUAAUAUAUUUGCAGUGGUGCUGUGAGGCUGCAGCCUCAGUUCAUGCUAACAUUGAUGGUUUUGUUAGACUUAUGCUUUUUUUUUGCGUCUACUGUGCAGUUUUUCCCUUCACAUUGAUAUAAAGAACUCUCUGGAUGGUAUCAGUCCUAUACUGUGUAUUUGUUCAGUAAAGGCACACUCCCAUGUUCUUCCUACAAAAACUGAAACAUAUACCAGCCUCCAGGCGGUGAGGCUCCAUGGACAUAAGACCUUAUUAACUCAAAUGACCAGCAACAUCCGUUUUUUUCUUUCAAUCCAGCUAAUUAAGGCUGGGGAACUCUCAUCCAUCUCCAGGCCUUUGGUCGGAGUGUGUUCUUGUCAUAUUUCUGGAGAUAAACUGGGGGAAACGGGGUUAAAAGAGAAAUGUGUUGUAGCGGGAACUCAGUAUUUAAAUGUAUUUGUUAAAUAUUGAAAGAAAUAUUUGUAAUAGAGCAAACAUGUUGAAUGCAAACACUAGUAGAUUUGCCUGGAGGAUACGUUGAAGUCUAGUGAAGAUGUAGUUUUCAGAUGACACGUUGAAAUCAUCUGGUGGCUCCACAAAUAUUUUUUUUUUGUUUUUUUUGUUUAACAACAAAAUGAUCUCAGGGUUCCUACAAGCAAAGGACAAACAUGACGACCAAGAAAAUCCAAUAUUAACAAAUGCUUUUGUCAGCUAUACAAUGUUUUAUUAUCACCCAGGUUCUAAUUACACUUAAACCUCCUGAUAAAAUAGGAAAUUAAGGAAAAGAUAAUGUAUGUAGGAACCCUCCAAAUGAUAUGGCAUCAUUAUAAUUCUUGGUAAAAACCUAUAUUGUAAUAUGUUGUAUGUCUGUUUUUCUAAUAUUGUACUCUUUCUAUGUUCAUUUUCUGAAGUGAAUUCAUAAACUCGGCCCAACAUGAACACUAAUGGCGUGUUCUUUCAGCAGAUUUUACAGGUAAAGCAUACAAUUUGUACUUCUAGCUACAGAUCCUCUUGGCUUUGUGUCCAUUAUGUGGUAUAAAAAAAGUUUAUCAGCUGAUGGACU